CCUGGCGGCGGGGGGAGGUCGUGUUGCGUGCCGUGUUUGUGCUCCGUGGCGGCGGCGGCGGCGAUGGUUGCGACGCGAUGCGGUGCCCCGGAAGAGUUGGCAACCGCGGCCCGCACCCAUAUCGCUCCGGGCCCCGCGGUGCGUGCCUCCUCAGUGUGCCCCGCAUCCCGCCCCGCGCAGGCCGAUCCUCGCCGGCCCUCACUCGCCUUGCAUCGCGUCCGCGGGUCAGGUCGCCUCACUCGCCAGAAUUAGAGGCUAAUUGUUGUGUGUGGAGUGAAGAUGGCGACCAGUCGAGAGGAGGAGCGAGGCUCGGAGAAGGAGUGCACGCAGUCUGGUCUGUUGACGCCACCGCCCACGCCCACCAGUCCCUCCGGCUUCCAGUUCCCCGGCCUGGGCGUCGGGCUGGACAGGGGCUCCGCCUUCACGCCCUGGGUGCCGCGCGGCCCUUCCCUGUUGCCGCUGCUGCCGCCCUUUCCCAUCCUGCCCGCCCUGGCCUCCGUGGCCGCCGCACAGAGCAAGACGGGCUCUGGCAUUGACCCCCGGCUGGCGGGGCUGCUGCAGGGGUGCCAGCUGCCGUGGGCGGCGCUGGGGGCGAGCGAGCUGGCCCUCAACCGCCUGCUGCUGACCCCCGGGGGCCGCCUCAGCAGGCCCAAGAAGCGCUACAUCUGCAAGUACUGCCAGCGGGAGUUCACCAAGAGCUACAACCUGCUGAUCCACGAGCGGACGCACACGGACGAGCGGCCCUUCCCCUGCGACAUCUGCGGCAAGGCCUUCAGGAGGCAGGACCACCUCCGCGACCACAAGUACAUCCACAGCAAGGAGAAGCCCUUCAAGUGCGAGGCGUGCGGCAAGGGCUUCUGCCAGGCGCGCACGCUCGCCGUGCACAAGGCGCAGCACGCCCACGACACCCUACCUCCCUCUACGCGGGCGUCGGUGUCGCCGCCCCUCGUGUCGCCGCCCAGAGCCUCGCCAGCUGGCGGCGCGACACUGUUCAGGUCUGUCUCCGAGUCGUGCCUCGCUACGCCCACGCUGCCACGGGACGUGACACUCAUCCCGCUGUGCUCGCUGCCGCUCAAGACGGAGGCGGCGGACGCGGAGCCGCGGCGCCGCAUGCUGGAGGCCCUGACGACGCCCGCCGCCAAGAAGCCCCUGCUGCUGACGGCGGCGGCGGUGGCGGCGGCAGCGGCGGCAGAGCAGGACAGCGGCAGGAAGCGCAGAGGCUUCUCCAUCGACGACAUCAUGAAGUAGUCGCCGCCGCCGCUUCAGCGACCCCGACGUUACCUCCUUCCCCGCCCCUCCCACUUCCCCCGCCCGUACGUUACGCCCCCCUUCCCACCGUUACCACCGCCCUCGUUACCGCCUCGCCGUGUACAGCCGUGUAAUAAUAACAUGUACAUGACGUGUAUAGCAGAGAAUAAAUUAUUUUUUUAAUAA